CGGCCGGGCGAGGUAGUCACGCUCGACGCACUAUCCACAGCAAUUAACCAUGAGUUCUACUUGAAUUUACUCACAUCCUCCCUCGCACAGAAAUCCUGCACGAAUUUACAUCUCGGCAAUACUUCUAGCUUGAAGAAUCUAGUGUGAUGAGGUGGAUUUCAUCAGGUUGUUAGCCUACUAAACCCUACCCUACUGUCAUUUCGCUUCCUAGAUAACUCCAGGGCCAGUCCCACCCACCGAAGCAAAUCGAUUGCUACAUAGCUGUCUGCAGAGCUACAUACAGCAAACAUGGAGAUACAACCACGAUGACGUAACGCAAUCGAACUGAGUUUAAUUACCUCUAGUGCAUGAUGUGGAUGUACAAAUGAUAGGCUCUGUAAAUUAACACAGGAAUAGCGGAGAACAGGAACAAACUACACAGUGAUUGAUAUCAAAAGACUCACUUAAAGAUACACAAGCGAUUCAUUAACGUCAUCUUCGACAAUGUGUUGAUGAGACAGUAUUUGACUACAGGUGUGAUGAUGAUGUGACAGGUUUCUGCCAGUAUACGGGCAGGCUACAGACUGCUCUCUUUAAUGAACGUCUUUGACCAGAGGCUUGAGACAACCAACUGAGGAAACAGUUUCUCCGUAGGCGAACACAUGAUAACAAGAUGCUCGGCUUGAAGCAAGAAACAAAGUAGAAUCACGUUCAAUGACUAAGGCAUGUAAGACGUUGAGAACCAUGGUUACCUUCUUGAACCUUCUCAGCCUUUGGACAGAGGUCAUGAACAGGGCCUGCGACAGGACCUACUAAGGUACUCGGAGUAUUGUAGACCGUUGACAACAACAACUGACAUGGAUCUGACUGCAACAGUGGAAACUAUGGAUGCACCGACCAAUUGCACUGGGGAUAACUGCACCAGCGCAGCACCCGAUGAGGGACUGUCCAACGUGGAAAUAGUCAAGAUCAUCUGCAUGGCCGUACUGUCCGGAAUAGCCAGUUUAAUCACCAUAUGUGGCAAUGCAUUGGUCAUUGUCGCAUUCUGUCGUGAGAGACGACUUCGUGUUCUUGGUAACUACUUCAUCAUCAGUAUGGCGUUUGCUGACGUCAUUAUUGGCGCAUUCUCUAUGCCACUGUAUACAAUGUAUCUUUUGAUUGACCAUUGGCCAUUAGGACCAGUCAUUUGUGACAUAUGGCUGUUCUUAGACUAUCUAUGUUGUGGUGCUUCUGUGCUUGGUAUACUUCUUAUUAGUGUUGAUCGAUAUCGAUGUUUGUCUCAUCCAAUGACAUAUCAAAGUGACAUGACUCGUACACGUGUCUUGUUCUUAAUAAUUGCCAGUUGGAUCACUACUAUUCUUCUCUUUGGUGUACCGAUCAUCGGCUGGCAAUUCUUCGAAGGAGAACGUACCGUACCACACGAUCAGUGUGAGGUACAAUUUACUAAUGAUGCUUUCUUCACUGCUGGAUCCAUCAUAAUGAUUUAUUGGUUACCACUUGUUGUCAUUCUUAUCUUGUAUAUGCGCAUAUACCUCUUAACGAGGCGUCUAGUGAGGCGUGAGGCACGAAUUAUUGGGAGGCUGAGUGUGAGGCACCACGUAGAACCUGCAGACACUUCACACAAUAACAACCACCAUGAUCGCAAGUUUUCAUCUGGUGUCAUGCUAGACUCUGAAGAUGAACAGACAGUAUCAUUCCCAACGAGGGACCUGCCAUUACCGCCACAUCCUGAAGAAGACAAUGACGUAAGCGAUCGUGCUUCAUGCUCCAAACAUUACAAUAACGGUUGUGGCGUCGAUGGUGAGCGAAGGAGAGUCACUAUCCCGUCAGAAACAGACGAGUUUUCUGAGAGUGAAAGAAUCGCGCACGGUUCACAUCGAACCUCAACGAAAGCUAGUCCCAACAGUAAAGAUCACACCAUAGGCAAGACACUGUCCGCUGCUCUAAACAGCUUGAAAGAGGCUAAGGCUGUCAGGACCCUUAGUGCCAUACUUGGUAUCUUCAUUCUCUGUUGGACUCCGUAUAGUGUCCUAGUCAUAGUCAAAGGCUUCUGCCCUGACUGCGUCAACAUGUACUUGUAUGAACUCAGCUACUUUCUCUGCUACAUCAAUAGCACCUUCAAUCCCAUGUGUUAUGCGUUUGCCAACAGGGAUUUCAAGAUCGCAUUCAAGAGAAUCUUACUGUGCGAUGGACAAAAAUAUGGCUGGAAGGCGAGUCAUUACUGAGAGAGAAUUAAUAAUUUAAGAAUGGUGCGUGGAAAUGGUAACUUCCAUACGAAUAUUUAUACUAUUCAUGUAACUGCAAAGAUAUUCUGCGCAUUAUAGUCGUGUCUUUAAUGGUUAUCUGUUUCAAUGCCAAUAGUUCCUAUACUGAGCAUAAUAGAAAAGUCGAUUCUUUAGUGUAUAUCCUGUCUAUUUAACCUCAACAAAUUUUAUGACAGCCGACAAUAACCCAUCAAAAUUAAUAUUGAGGUGUAAACUUAUUUAAAAUUUCCAAAGUAAACUCCACACCAAAAAUGUAAAAGUUUCCUCUGACGAUACUAAGAAUCAUAAACUGGUGAAGUUGUUCUUUAAUUUCUAAUCGGUCUCAAAAACAAUUCCCUUUCCCUCAGAUGCAUGUGAAGAGAUACCUAGGUAUCCCGUCCGUUUCAAAACGUUAAAAAAAAUUAUCACUUUAAUUAAAAACGCAAGCCCUUCUUGCCUCCAGAGUAAAUGAAAAAAAAACACGAAAAAUGGUAACAACUUUACAUGUCAUGUAACUACAAUACUAAUAGUUAUGUUUUACUUGGGAAAAUCAAUGGAACUAAAAUAACGGAGAGGGCAAAUCAAGGAAUGCCGGCUAUUAUGAACGAUUUGUAAUUGUUUUAGUCAUGAACGGUGUUUGCGAAACAAGAUUGCCUUUAGUGUCUACAUUUCUGGUAAAAAAAACUCAAAAACGUUCAACUUGUGAAUCUUCUUAUGAAUCAAUACCAAGUCAAAAAACAACCAAAGUGCAAAAUUUGUGAGGCUGGUUUCGAAGUCCGUUCAGUGGUUAAAUUUGCACAUGCGUAUAGUGUGUAGUUUAGCACGGGAGCUAUAAUAUCGCUGGUUCUAGUCAUUUUUUUCUGUAAUGAACAUUCAGAAAUAGAAGGAAACCAGGGAAAACACCAAAACGACAACAACGAUUAAUAGAUCAGUUUACAAUAGAACGGGUACUUAUGUUACAUUGUAGGUAGAAUGAUGGACAGAAUUAAUCAUUUUGUUUUUGUUGCAGGCAAACAAAACAGUAAAAAGUAAGUCAAGUCUGU